AUGGCGAUGUCUGCCAAAGGGGGGGCCGCGGGCUCCUAUGCGGCCUCUGUGCUGGCCCGAGAGGGUAUUGACACUAUGGUACUGGAAGCAGAGGAGUUCCCUCGGUACCAUAUUGGAGAAAAUCUUCUGCCCUCGGUGAGAUAUUUUCUGGAUUUUAUAGACUGUUACGACAAGUUCAACGCUGGCGGUUUUCUGCGCAAGAAUGGCGCAACAUUCAAAUUCAAUUCCAAGCAACCGGGCUAUACAGAUUUUGUCGGAGCUGGUGGAGCAGGCAACCAUGCGUGGAACGUCCUCCGCUCUGAAGCAGACGAGAUUCUAUUCAGACAUGCCGAGCAGAGCGGCGCAACUGUCUUCGAUGGUGUGAAAGUGCAGGCUCUUGAUUUCGCUCCAACCAUCAGCAACACCGACACCAAACAAGAAGGCCAAGACCAAGACUUGAGUAGAAGGCCCGUGUCCGCAACCUGGAACCGCAAAAAGGACGGCAGCACCGGUACAAUCCACUUCGAAUAUCUAGUUGAUGCUUCCGGGCGUGCCGGCCUAAUGAGCAAUCGAUACAUGAAGACUCGGAUCCACAAUAAACAGCUGCAGAGCAUGGCACUAUGGGGAAUUGGCGGGGCCGUAAGAGACGGGAGCGGGUGGGCUUGGUUUAUCCCCUUACAUAACGGCACGGUCUCUGUUGGGGUUACGCUGAAGCAAGACCGGGUUGCAGAGAAGAAGCGGGCGUAUGGGUCUGUGUCCAGCAAGGACUUUUUUCUUGCUUGUUUGCAUGAAACGCCGGGAAUUGCGCUGCUGUUAAGUGGUGCUGAACUUGUGUCCUCGGAAAUCAAGGCGGCGGCAGAUUGGUCGUACAGUGCGAGUACGUAUGCACACCCCUUCACACGUGUUGCGGGUGAUGCGGCUUGUUUUAUCGACCCGCUGUUCUCGUCGGGCGUGCAUCUUGCCAUGACGGGUGGGCUGUCAGCGGCAGUGACAAUCUGCGCGAGUCUCAGGGGUGACUGCACGGAAGAGGAGGCUGGUGAAUGGCAUUCGAGCAAAGUUGGCGAGGCCUACACGCGGUUCCUAUUGGUGGCCGUUUUGAACGGGCUGGAUGAAGCGAACUUCAAUGUGGCAUUUGACCAUUUUCGGCUUAUUAUCCAAGGGACGGUUGAUGCAGGUGGGAAACUGACCCAGGCAGAGGUGGACAGGUCAGUGGAGUUUUGCACCCGGGUGAUUCGCAAGGUUGAGAGCGGAUGUCUGGCAAACCUCGACAGCAGUCAAGCGGCAGAGUUUACCGCUAGGGGCGCUGCUGCUACAUACUCGGAGAGUAGCCAGUGCGAUGAGGUUAUGAUGAAAGUGGUCCGAAUGAACCGGAUUCUGGAUCUGAACAGUUUUACGGUUGAUAUUGUGAAUGGGAUGGCGCCCAAUAUCGAACGGGGCACUUUGGGGCUUGUCAAGCAGGUUACUGCUUGA